AUGAGCAUAGUGAUACUACUAUCUAUCCUUGCCGCGGAUGGGAUUGCUCUUCCUCUUUCUCCUAGUUUCCCUGCGGCAGAACUGAGAUAUAUACUGGAUAAUUCGCAAGCUGAAGUGCUCCUAGCUACGGAAAGGUACCGGGAACAAGCAGAGCAAGUUCUCAAGGGAGAAUUGAUAAAUCCUCCCGUUCUGGAAUUCAUUCCUAAGCUUGAAAAAGGAGCCACGCCACCAUCGAGCGUAGGAUUUCGCAAUAUCGAGGACCCCCAAGGAGGAAUGAUGCUAUAUACUUCAGGAACCACCAAUCGGCCGAAAGGUGUAUUCCUCCCACACUCUGCGCUAGCGGCGCAAACCAAAUCUUUGGUUGAAGCAUGGUCUUAUUCACCAGACGACAGACUACUUCACAUGCUACCUCUACAUCACAUCCAUGGCACUGUCAAUGCUAUCCUGGCCCCGGUCCUUGCUGGCUCAUCUAUUGAAUUUACAUAUCCCUUCAAUCCUACAGCAGUAUGGAAGAGACUGGCUAAGCCAUUUCUCCCUCAGUCCACGGCCAAUCCACCACCAAAACCUAUAAACUUCCUCACAGCGGUUCCAACUAUCUACCACCGCCUUCUGAAUACAUUUGAUUUACUCUCUGAUACCACUAAACAGGCCGCCAAGGAAGCCAUUUCACCGGGAAAUCUACGGCUAAAUAUCUCAGGUUCUGCUGCAUUACCGACGCCUACAAAAGGGGCAUGGUCCGAUCUUAGUGGGGGGAAUGUCCUUCUUGAAAGAUAUGGUAUGACUGAAGUGGGCAUGGCUCUCAGUUGUGGCCUAGAAUUCAAUGACAGAAUUGAUGGGAGCGUUGGAUGGCCGCUUCCAUCUGUUGAGGUCAGACUAUUCGACCUUGAUAAACAAGAAGUUAUACGCCCCGGGCAAGAGCUUGAUAAUUACGGCCGUGAGAGAGUCGGAGAGAUCCAGCUACGAGGUCCAACCAUAUUCAAAGAAUAUUGGCAUAACAAGCAAGCUACCGAGGAAUCAUUUACUGACGAUCCUGAUGGCAAGGGCAAAUGGUUUAAGACAGGGGAUAUGGCUAUUCGAAAGCCAGUGGAUGGCGCUGGGAAAGGUGAAAGCACCUGGGCUAAAGGUCCGUUAUACUUCAUCCAGGGCCGCCAGAGUGUGGACAUUAUCAAGGUCGGAGGAGAAAAAGUGAGCGCACUAGAAGUUGAGCGUGAAAUACUCUCCCUUCCCCAGGUUUUGGAGGCCGCUGUUGUCGGCCUACCGUCGAAGCAAUGGGGUCAAAAAGUCGCCGCGAUACUGGUGCUCGACGCUAAGCAUGCAGCUACAGAAUCUGACGAGGGAAAGCCCUGGGGAAUACUUGACCUUCGCCGUGCCUUGAAGGAGAAGCUGUCUAGUUAUAAGAUUCCCCAGGAAAUGAGGGUACUUGAGGGCGGGAUCCCAAGAAAUGCUAUGGGAAAAGUAAACAAGAAAACCCUGAAAAAAGAGGUCUUCGGCGAUGUGAUGUAG